AAAAAUAAAAAAACAAAAGUUUUUAUCUUUUUUAGUUUUUUAUUAUUUUCAAAAAAAGUUAAAAAACUGUGACUCUCUGUGUGAGUCUCUGUGUUGCUCUGUGUGUGUGGGCGUGUGUUUAUAAGUACUGCUAGAGCGAGAGUAAAAGCUAGAAAGAGAGAGAGAGAUUGAUUUUUUGGGUUGAAGAUGAUAGACUUUGGCAGAGUGCAAAAGGAGCUACAAGAAUGUAGCAGAGACAUGGCGGCAUCAGGAAUCAAAGUGAGCCCAAAAAGCGACAAUCUUGCUCGUCUCGUUGGAACCAUUCCUGGACCCAUUGGUACUCCUUAUGAAGGGGGUACCUUCCAAAUCGAUAUCUCUUUGCCAGAUGGGUACCCUUUUGAGCCUCCAAAAAUGCAGUUUGCAACCAAAGUUUGGCACCCCAAUAUCAGCAGUCAAAGUGGAGCAAUUUGCCUUGACAUUUUGAAGGACCAAUGGAGUCCAGCAUUAACUCUGAAGACAGCACUUCUUUCAGUACAAGCACUGCUCUCUGCCCCUGAACCUGAUGACCCUCAAGAUGCCGUGGUAGCACAACAGUACAUUAGGGAAUAUCAAACCUUUCUCGGCACAGCUCGUUACUGGACAGAAUCUUUUGCAAAGGCAUCAUCUCUUGGAGUUGAGGAAAAGGUGCAAAGACUUCUGGAGAUGGGCUUUGCUGAACCUCAUGUUAGAAGUGCUCUGGAAGCUGUUGGUGGUGAUGAAAACUUGGCUCUUGAAAAGCUGUGCUCUAGCUAGUUUGUGCACCCGGUGCUGAGUGUUGUGCUUCUCAACCUUUUAUGCACCACCAACCAUGAUUGCUGGAAUUUAUACAAAUACAAAGGUUUAGUUUGGAUCUCUAAGUUGCCUCAUCUAGCCUAGGACUUUUUUUUUUUUAAUGUCUUUUAAUUCCUUGCAGACUAUGUUUUUGCAAACAUAUCUAUCUUCUGAUGUAAAGCAAUCCAUGUGACACUCACUUAUUGUUGAGCAACUUUUGCUGUAAGUUGCCAUAACUAUCAGUGCAAUUGAAGUGUUCAAAAUUCAAGAAGAAAGUUUUAUGUUCA